CAUACGAUAAUGGCAUAAUGGCACAAUUAUCAUAAUUAAUAAUGACAAAAUAAUAAAUAUAUUAUAGCAACCAACAAUGAUUUCAAAAACGAAGUAAAAUAUUUUGCCGAAAUUGUUUAAUUUCGAUUUCCAGAAAUCUUCAACGAACGGUUGUCAGUUUGUCACUGUUGUCAGACGAGACGACCAACCACCCUCACACAUGGMCAAAUAGCAUCUGUUGUCUCAGUCAACAAGAACUGUCGAAUAUUUCACUGCCAACGCCGCUAAGAAAUUAAACAAAAAUGGACUUCGAUAUUGGAACAGAACUCUUAAUCCAAUCUCCUGGAAAUAUAUGGACAGCGGCUUUYGUUGAAGAGGACGAUGGUGAUGAAAUAUUUAUAUCUUWUAAAGAUGGUAAAGGAGCAAGUGAAUGGAUUAACAAAGACAGUCAUAGAAUUAAACAUAUGAACGAUGAAUGGGAUGCCAAAUUGAUAACAAAUCCAACCCUUUCUGACAAUAGUUUACUUGAAUUAAAACCAGUAAUUGCUAAURUUCUGCCAUCUGAAAAAGAAAUUUCAAAAAAAUCUACUACAAGUGCACGAUCAUCYAGUAUAUUUAAAGUGAAAUUUAAAAAAGAUGAUUUUUUGACAAAAAAAACUCAAGAUUMUAAACAUAAAGAACAAAAAAUAAUUAAGGAUGCUAAGAAAUCAUCAGAUCGUGAGUCAAAACAACUUUUAUUGUGUGGUACUUCUUUAGAAUGGAAGCAUCUAAUGAACAAGGGUUUAGAUGUCCAAAACAAGAAUGUCGAAAACUGUUUCGUAAAGAAAAUUUAUUGA